AUGUCUAAUUCAACUCAAUUGCCACUCUGCCAUUUUCCACAUGAAUUAUUACAAAUAAUUGCUGAUUUUCUGAAUGCAAAAGAUUUGCAAUCGUUGAGUAGAACUUGCCGGAAGCUUUACAGAAUCUUUCAUAAUGAAGAAUUCUGGUUACAUCGAAUACGCCACCAUUUUCCACAAUCGGUCGCUCAACUCUAUACGAACGAUAUGUUUAAACAGCCCGAGUGUAUCUCGACCUCCAAUGAUAUUCAACCGACCGGCUUUGCUCAUGUUCGAACUGAUAAUUUCUUAGAUAAUGUUGCUAUUACCUCAAGUACCCAUUACAAUGAUGAUGCUAUCGAACGACGACACGCAAAAAUGUAUGUGUCUGAAAAAGACUUUCUAAAUGACUUAGAAUAUUUUCAAUACAGUAAACCAAGCGAUCAUGAAAGUAUUCCAUUGAUGAAGUUAAUUUAUUUCUAUCUAAUCGAUCGAAAACGAUGUGCAAGUGUGGAUAUGGACAUGCCGAUUUAUGAUAGUCAACAUGUUUAUAAAGUGCUCGAUGCAGAUAGUUUAACCGGCCAAGUUACCUAUGUAAAAGAAAUCGUACGCUUGGAUAUGACCGGACGUUUUCAACAUAAAAUUAUGCCGGGCAAAUAUCAAGUUAGUUGGCGAAUGAAAGGUGUUGCUAAUAAGACACAAAUGCCAGGAGAAACAGAGUUUAUUUUAGUACCACAGCAUGGCAGACUACUAAAUUAUAAAAUGAUCGAUGAAGAUUUUCAAAAUUUGCUACAUCAAUACGGUGACAACUGGUUUACAGUCAAUAUGACCCAAACGAUUAUCUAUGAACCAUCGAUUGUUUUAAUCGCGAUACGCAACUGGAACAAUCGAUUGUGGAAACGAGAUCUUCGAUUGGAUUGCAUUGAAUUAACUAUAGUACCUUGA